CAAGCCCCAGGAAGAAGGCUGGCAGUCAGAGUGGCCACUACAGCUCUCUGCAGCAGACCCUCUUCUGCCCAGGCCAGACAGCUCAGCCUUUGCCAGCUGGAAUGUCCCAACAGGAAGAAGCUGUCAAGCUCCCGGAAGAUCUGGAGAGGGAUCAGACUGGUGUUCCUGAGAACCCCAGCCCCGUUCCCUCUGCUCCUGCCCCCACCUCCCCACCCCCCUCCCUACCACCCCAGCCAAGCACCCCCUUACUCCUCCACACCCCCACCCCAGGCUCCCCCUCCCUCCCCCUUCUCCCCACCCCAGAGACUGCGCCCCCAGCCCUCUCCCAUCCCAGGCUGCUGGAGCCCCCAGAGGACACCGGAUCCACCACGGCGGAUGCCUGCCCAGGUCCCUCCACCAGCAGGAGGGCUCUGCAAGAGGACCUCCCUCAAGGCCCCGAUGCAGAGGCCUCGUCGUUCCAGCCUCCUCGCCCCAUUUUCACGUGGUCCUCCUCCUCGGCCUCCACCGAAUAUCUCCGCCUCUCCGCCACCCGCUCCUUCUCCCCCUCCUGCCUCUCCCUGAAUCCCUCCGCUUCCCCUCCUCAAGGUUUUCACAAUGUGCAAGGGAAUCUGGAGAACCUGAUGGCGUUGCUGAAGCAGCAGAUGGAGGACCAUAAGUCUCCUCCGCGCAGCACCCGGGUGCCUCUUGCCGUUCCUUCCCGAUGGCCGUUUUGCAGUUCUGAGGGCCCAAACACAGCGAUGACAGGGAGAGACUCUAGAGCAGGCCUGCUCAACAUUGCCCCCCCCAGCUGUUUUUGGACUACAACUCCCAUAAUCCCCAGCUAGAGUGGUCAGGGAUUAUGGGAGCUGUAGGCCAACAUCUGCAGGAGAGCCAAAUUUGACCAGCCCCGCUGUCGAGGCUCAGAAGGGGGGCCGAGGCAGGGAGCAAGCAUGGGAAGGAGAUGCCGGAUUACAGCUCCAGGGGGUCUGGGUUCGAAUCCCCAUUUGGCCAUGACCCUCGAGGGGAGACUCUGGGUCAGUCCCUCGCCACACAGCCUGACCGACCUCUCAGGGUGGUUGAGAGGAUUGGAGAAAAGGUGAUUCCCACUCUGAAGGGUGACUGCAAACUGUGAAUGUGAAACAACCAGACAAAUAUCAGCCCUUUUGAGCUCAGCCCAGAAGCAAAAAGGCAGCCACCGAGGAGGGCAGAGGGUGGUGCUGAGAACUGUCCUCCUGAGAGCAUCUGCAACCUCUUACUGGAGCAAAGCGUUGCUUCCCUCAAGUGCUGACAGCAGAGGUGGGCCAACCAGGCUCUCCAGCAGUGGUGGAACUACAACUCCUAUCAUGCCCAGUGGCAGGGGAUGAUGGGAGUUGUGGUUCAACAACAGCUGGAAGGUCAACUUGGAAAGUCAACAGCUGGAAGGUCAACCUGGCUUACAGUCUAGACUAGAGUGUGGCGAGGGAGGGGGAGCAGAGGGAGAGGAAGGGUGGGAGAGGAAGGGAGAGGUGGAGAUGGGAGUUGGGUGCCCAUCUCCUGCCGAGGCAUUAAGGAUCAUCUAUUCCUCCACAGAAUGGAAUGAUUUUGAGUCAGGACGGGAAGGAAAGGAGGGGGAAGGGUCCAAUUCCAGCUGGGUGGCAGCUCCAGGCCUAAGGGGCAUCGAGGGAGAAGGGCAGGAGUCCUUGUUGAGAGCAAGAGACCUGCUUCGGGGGGGUUGCAGGGUUGGGGGUG